AUGUCGGCCUUUCCGACCGCAGUGCGGUCAACGCAAAAGCUCGCCCAGAGCGUAGUUCGACGACAGCCGCUCUCCGACGUUGCCAUUACGCGAACCGGAAAGCCAAUCAUCCGAACCCAAGGUGGAAGGUCAUCCAUUGGAGGCCACACGGCCACUGUCUUUGGUGCCACCGGCCAGUUGGGACGCUAUAUUGUCAACAGACUAGCCCGGCAAGGAUGUACUGUGGUGAUCCCUUUCAGGGAGGAGAUGGCCAAGCGCCAUCUCAAGCUUACCGGUGAUCUUGGGCGUGUUGUCUUCAUGGAGUGGGACCUACGCAACACUGCUUCGAUCGAGGAGAGCGUGAGGCAUUCGGACGUUGUCUACAACCUUGUUGGGAGGAAUUACCCCACAAAGAACUUUUCUCUCGAAGACGUUCACGUCGAGGGCGCAGAGCGGAUUGCCGAAGCUGUGGCCAAGUACGAUGUCGACAGGUUUAUCCACGUCUCGUCACACAACGCCAGCCUCGAUUCGCCAUCAGAAUUCUUCAGGACCAAGGCUCGUGGUGAGCAAGUCGUCCGCAGCAUUUUCCCUGAGACGACCAUCGUCCGCCCGGCACCUCUAUUCGGUUUCGAGGAUAACCUUCUCCUGAAGCUCGCCAGCGUUGUCAACCUGUUUACUUCGAACCACAUGCAGCAGAGGUUCAACCCUGUCCACGCCCUGGCGAGGCCAUCGUCCAUGACGAGCGACAGGGUGCGCAUCGUCAUCUGCACGGGCGAGCGCAUGGAGACCCUGCUCACGACCAGGCUCUACACCGAGCUGGGCUUGCGGACCACCACUUUCGUGCCCGAGCACGCCAACAAGCUCAGCAACGAGUUCUACUGCUAUGCAAACUUUGAGUGCGGGGAGUGGGAGUGGCGAGAGAAGAUUGCUCUUGCUGCGUAA